CCACGUUCUCGUAGCUCCGACUCCGCAGGAGCUCUCUUAAACCACCAACAAUGUGACAACUUCCACCCGCUUUUCCCCCCGAGCCCAGUCCUUUCUAAUUUUCUUUUGCCCAAAGCUUCUUCCGAUCGUCGCAUCACUUCUACAAAAUGUCUUCAGCAGCUUUCCGCAGGAUGACGACCGCAAGCACCCGCCUCUCGGCCGUCCAGCGCCACUUCAGCACCGCGCGCCCCGCGCAGAAAGAGGUGCGGGAUGCGUAUAUCCUCAGCGCGUCGCGGACGCCUACGGGUGUUUUCAACGGCGCCUUCACCACCGUCCCCGCCCCCUCGCUCGGCGCAACCGCCAUAAAAUCCGCCCUCGCCAAGACCACCCUCCCCAUCUCUAAAAUCAGCGCCGUGUACAUGGGCAAUGUGCUGUCCGCGGGCCUCGGGCAGGCGCCCGCGCGGCAAGCCUCCAUCUUCGCGGGGCUGCCCACGAGCGUCGAAGCCACGACCGUCAACAAAGUGUGCAGCUCGGGGCUCAAAGCCGUGACGCUCGCCGCGGGGCAGAUCCAGCUGGGGCACGCGGACGCGCAGGUCGCGGGCGGCUUCGAGAACAUGACGCGCGUGCCGUACUACCUGGGCCGCGCGAGUCAGCAGCCGGCGUUCGGCGACCAGAAACUCGCGGACGGGUUGGUCGGGGACGGACUGUGGGACGUGUACAACCAGAUCCACAUGGGCAACUGCGCGGAGAACACGGCGAAGAAGCAUGGGGUUGGCCGCGAGGAGCAGGAUGCGUUUGCGGUGCUGACGUAUGAGCGGGCGCAGGCGGCGUGGAAGGCGGGGCAUUUUGAGGAGGAGAUCGCGCCGGUGACGGUGAAGACGCGGAAGGGUGAGACGGUGGUGACGGAGGAUGAGGGGUAUAAUAAGCUGAAGCUCGAGAAGCUGCCCACGCUGAAGCCGGCGUUUUUGAGGGAUGGGACGGGGACCGUGACGGCGGCGAAUGCGUCGGGGUUUAGUGAUGGGGCGAGUGCGCUGGUGCUGGCGAGUGAGGAGAUGGCGAAGGAGUAUGGGAAGGACAGUCGGGUGUUGGCACGGAUUGUGACGUAUGCGGAUGCGGCUGUUGAUCCGAUUGAUUUCCCGGUUGCGCCGGCGGAGGUUGUGAAGAAGCUUCUUGAUCAGUCUGGGCUUUCGAACGGAGAUAUCAGCGUUUGGGAGUUCAAUGAGGCCUUUGCUGCGGUCAUCAAGGCCAAUGCGAAGAUCUUAGGCCUCAGCGGCGACAACGUAAACCCAAGGGGAGGAGCUAUCGCGCUCGGUCACGCAUUAGGCAGCUCAGGAAGCAGGAUAUUGGUGACACUACUGCACCAGCUCGAGGUUGGUCAGUAUGGUGUGGCAGCAAUCUGCAAUGGCGGAGGAGCUGCCACAGGUAUCAUCGUACAGAGAGUCGCACACACAGAUUUAUAGGCCAAAUGGAACUUUGAACAGCAUUUGAAAGCCUUUUUGGGGGAAAGCAGAACACCUUGGCCUAACGGGUAGGCCGAGAACAUCCACUACCAUGUAUAUAGACGCCAAAAUUGCAAAACAAGACUAUGAAUCAUGCAUUGAG